AUGGCCUCCCUCAUCGCCAUCCUCGACCUCAAAGGCAAGCCGCUCAUCCAGCGUACAUACAGGGACGACGUAUCCCCAUCUCAGAUCGAGCGGUUCCUCCCUCUGGCCCUCGAGUUGGAGGAAGAUGGGCAGGCUGUCAAACCGUGCUUUUCGAGUGGGGGAGUGAACUACAUGCAUAUUAGGCAUAGUAACUUGUACUUGCUGGCACUCUCAAAACGGAACACAAACGCAGCAGAGAUAAUCAUCUUCCUCCAUCGGCUCGUCUCUGUCCUGAUCGAGUACUUCAAAGAGCUCGAAGAAGAGUCUAUCCGGGACAACUUUGUGAUCAUAUACGAAUUGCUGGACGAGAUGAUGGACUUUGGAUACCCGCAGACGACCGAGAGCAAGAUCCUCCAGGAGUACAUCACCCAGGAGUCGCAUAAGCUCGAAGUACAGGCCAGUGUACCGAUUACAGUUACGAACGCUGUGUCGUGGCGGUCGGAAGGUAUCCGCUACCGGAAGAACGAGGUCUUCCUCGACGUGAUCGAGUCCGUUAACAUGCUCGUAAACGCCAACGGGAACGUGAUUCGUUCCGAGAUCCUCGGCGCAGUAAAGAUGAAAUGCUACCUCUCUGGCAUGCCGGAGCUGCGUCUUGGCCUGAACGACAAGGUGAUGUUCGAGACCACCGGCCGGACAUCAAGGGGCAAGUCGAUCGAGAUGGAGGACGUAAAGUUCCACCAGUGUGUCCGCCUGUCCCGAUUCGAGUCGGACCGAACGAUAUCCUUCAUACCCCCUGACGGAGAGUUCGAGCUCAUGACCUACCGCCUGAGCACACCGGUCAAGCCGCUGAUUUGGGUCGAGGCGGCCGUGGAGAGCUACAGAGGGAGCAGAGUGGAGUAUAUGGUCAAAGUACGAGCGCAGUUCAAGAGACGCAGUCAGGCGAACAACGUCGAGAUCUUCGUGCCUGUGCCGGAGGAUGCGGAUACGCCCAAGUUCCGGGCAUCAACAGGCGGCGUACAGUACGCCCCCGAAAAGUCCGCUUUUGUAUGGAAGAUCAAGCAGCUAGGGGGAGGGCGUGAGUUCCUCAUGCGCGCGCACUUUGGCUUGCCUUCAGUGAAGAACGUCGACGACGUGGACCGCCGUCCACCCAUCCAGGUCAAGUUUGAGAUCCCGUAUUUCACCGUCUCGGGCAUCCAGGUACGGUACUUGAAGAUUGUAGAGAAGAGCGGGUAUCAGGCGCUCCCCUGGGUAAGGUAUAUCACCCAGAGCGGGGACGAGUAUGCGAUGAGGACGCUUCAGGAAAAAGAUGCGUCGAUUCAGCCUAUAUAGAGAGGGAGUUGUAUACAUAUUUGUAUCGUAGCAAU